AGCUUUCUCCUACUCCAGGCAUCUCUCGCUAUACCGGUUUAGCGGAUGGGUGAAGGAUGAUGAUGAUGAUGAUGGAGAGGCCCACGUCACGGUAGCUAGCAGUGCGAGUAUGCGGAGAAAGACUUAGUUAAACACCGAGUUUAAGGUUUGGAGAGGAUUCUAGUGGAUUUGCCAAGUGAUCUGUCUGGAAACUAACCUGAUAAACAAGAUGAAGAGGGGUUUGCUGCGUGGCUUACUGCCAGAGGUGUCUAUCCGACUGCUGCUUCUGGUUGUCUUCCUUGUGACAGAGCAGCUUCCACCCUUUAUUCGUGAGAUCCAGGCAGAGGAGAUGUGGCUGUAUAGAUUUCACAGAGUGGAAAAUGACCAUGUCCCCACCUCUCUCAUGUUUAGCGUGGCGUGUUUCACUCCAUUCCUGGUGAUCCUGCUUUUCACCUUUCUGAAGAGAGUUGAGAGAGGAGACGUGAGAGAGGCCUCGCUAGCGGUGACUCUGGCUCUGGUACUGAAUGGAGUUUUCACCAACGCCAUCAAGCUGGUCGUGGGCCGGCCGCGGCCAGACUUCUUCUACCGCUGUUUCCCAGACGGACAGAUGAACCUGGAGAUGCACUGCAGCGGCGACCCGGAAGUGGUCAUGGAGGGCAGGAAGAGCUUUCCCAGUGGACACUCCUCCUUUGCAUUCACUGGACUGGGCUUCACAGCGCUGUAUGUGGGGGGUAAGCUGCGGUGCUUUAGUCUGGGGGGUCGGGGCAGGGCCUGGAGACUGUGUCUCUUCCUCGCUCCCCUCCUCCUAGCCUUCAUGAUCGCUCUCUCCAGGACCUGCGACUACAAACACCACUGGCAAGAUGUGUUGGUGGGUUCUGGUCUUGGCCUGGUGUUCUCUUGGCUCUGCUACAGACAGCACUACCCCUCCCUCCAGGACCCUGACUGUCACCGGCCACUACGCCACAGAGAGACUGUUCCUGCUGUGCAGGAACGCAAGCUGGCCAAUUCCAACUACAUAUUACCUCUAUAGCUGGCCAACUACAUAUUACCCCUAUAGCGCUACUCCAACUAAAUAUUGGAAUCAAAAUCAAAUCAAAUUGUAUUUGACACAUGCGCCAAAUAAAACAGGUGUAGACCUUACAGUGAAAUGCUUACUUACAAGCCCUUAACCAACAAUGCAGUUUUAAGAAAAAACAAGUGUUAAAGUAUUUACUAAAUAAACUGAAGUAAACAAUACAU